AUGACAGAAAUUGAUUCUAAAUUGAAUUCCAAAAUUGAAAUAUCAUCCAUUGAUGAUAAUGAUCAAUCAAGUACAUCUUUCAAUAAGGUUAAAAAAGCUGUUGAACAAGAUGGGUUUUAUACAUAUGAAGAAGAAAAAAGAUUACUUCGUAAGAUUGAUUUAAGAUUAAUGCCAUUAUUAAUUUUACUUUAUCUUUGUAAAAAUCUUGAUGUCAAUAAUAUUAGUUACAUCAUAACCAUGAAUAAAGAUACUGGGCAUAAUGUCUUAAAGCAAUUAAAUAUGACUAGAGAUGAUUGGGCUUGGACAAGUACCAUAUAUUAUAUUCCAUUUAUAUUAUUUGAAAUUCCUUCAACAAUUUUAAUGAAAAAAACUUCACCAAGAGUUCAUCAAUUUAGAAUUUCAUUUUUAUGGGGGAUUGCAACAAUUUGUCAUGCAGCUGUUAAAAAUAAACAAGGUUUAUAUGGUUUAAGAUUUGCAUUAGGAUUAUUUGAAGCAGGUCAAUUUCCUGGAUCUUUAUUACACCUUUGUUAUUUUUAUAGACCUGAUGAAGUUACAACAAGAAUGGCAUUUCUAGGUGUUUUAGGUUCUUUUUCAAGUAUUUUAACAGCUUUCAUUACUUAUGGUUUUAGUUUUACAUCUGGUAAUGUUGGUAAUUUAUCAGGAUGGCAAUGGGUUUAUAUUUCAGAGGGGGCUUUCACAAUAAUUUCUUCAAUUAUAAUCUUAUAUUAUUUACCAAAUUAUCCAGAUUCUGUUAAUUGGUUAACUGAAGAGGAAAAAUCAUAUAUUAUUGCAAGAUUACCUCCACAAUCACCAAAAUCAACAGAUGAAGAUUUUAAAUUUAAAGAUUUAAUUGAAUCAUUAAAAUCAAAAAUUUUGUGGGGGUUUUCAGGUGUUAAAGUUUUCCAAAUUUUAGGUACAUAUGGUUUAUCAUUUUGGUUACCAUCAAUUAUUCAAGAUUUUGGAUUAAGUGACCCGGCAAAAGCACCAUUAUUAAGUAUUCCAUCUGCAACUGCAUCUGUUAUAUCUGGGAUUUAUUUUUCAUAUCUUGUUGAUAGAUCAUAUUUCCCACCAGGAUUAUUAUGUUUUGUUUCAUUAAUUGUUUCAUUAAUUGCAUUUAUUAUUUUAACUACGGUUCAAAUUAAAGGUGUAUUAUAUGCAUUUAUUAUAUUUGCAACAUGCUCAAGUGCAGCUGAUGGAUCAGUUUUAACUUCAUGGUUAGGACAAUCAAUGGAAGGAAGUUCUAAAGUUGGAUUUGCAUUUUCAUUUGCAAAUUCUAUUGCACAAUUAGGAGGUAUUUUAGGUGCACAAAUCUUCAGAUCAAAAUAUGCACCAAGAUAUACAAUUCCAUAUGCAAUUUGUUUAUCAUUUAUUGGUGUUGCUGCAAUACUUGUAAUAUAUCUUUGGUAUAUAACAAGAGAUACAACAAAUAAGUUUAUGAGAGAAAGAAGACAAAGAUUGAAGCAACGUAAUGCUAAUCUUCAAGCAAAACCUAUAUAUAAUCAUUCAGAAUUUCAAUAA